GAUGGCGCUGUUAGCGACGUAAACAUAAUAGGAAGUCAAUUUCGCAAGCAAUUUAGAAGUGUUGCAAACUAUUUGACAUUAUGACAUAGCUUUGGAGAAGGAAUUCUCUUGAAAAAGGAAAACAAAAUGGAUAAGAAGGAUCCAUAUGAUGCGAAGACAGAGAAAGAUGAAACUGAAGAAGAUGAAAACCAGGCUUUAACCUCUGACCUUGGUGAUCGCCAGGCUGGAAAAGAUUCCACAGAAGCUGAAAAUGACUUGACCAAGACAGAAGAAAAUGCAUUGAACAAGAUGCGUCGCCAGCGGUCAGAGUACUCGACCAAUGGAGAUAAGGCAGAGGAAGAAGCAGCUCAUAUGGGACACAGUAACCAUGGUAACACAGUCGGUGGCUUUGCAAUGUUGUCCCCCUCUGACCACUGGAGAUACAGGGCGAAUCCAACAUCAAGCGACCAUCUUGUGGAUGCAGCUCCUGCUGUUACUCGGUACUCUAACGACCGGUCUCGUCAGUACCUCAAGGAGCUGCCUGCAAGUGCUGCCAACGGGGACCCGCUGUCCCCAGAUGCUGCUGACCCUGACAAUGUUGACGGCGACAUGGCUACAACCACGUUCAUCCGGCAGCCCUGGCAGCCUCCAUUAGACACCAAGCCCAGACCGGCGGCUGGUGCGUCCAUAGAAGAUACUCCCACCUACCGUGCACCUGCCGAGCUGGGUGACAUUGAGCUGCAUGACAUGGAGCGGACCGGGCCCCCACCAGAGGAGGAAGUAGAGGCGUAUGAGUGUACUGGACUAUGCUGGUUUAACUGCGUGGGCACCCUGAUCGUCCGCUUCUACCAACAGCUGUGCACUGCUCACUCCACAUACUCCCGCACCAAGAGGAUUCUGGGAAUUAUUGCACUGAUCUCCAUUGCAUGUCUGGUUCUAUUUAUUGGCGUAUUCUCCUCCAGCUUUGAAUACGUUAAUUAUUACAAUAUCGCAUUGCGGAAGAGUCGUCUGACGGGAAUUGUUGACCGGAACAGGGUGCUGUAUCCAGGGUGCUACGUCCUGGGCCCUGAUGUUGACCUCAUGUACUUCAGCAGCACAGCUCACACCAUCUCCGCCACAGUGUCGGUCUUCACAGAGGACAAGAUGGUCAUUGAUGUUGAAGUUUCACUUCAGUACUUCCUCAGACCAGAAGAAGUUGGCAAGCUCCAUUCCAUGUUUGACAUGGAUUACCAUGAUGUGUUUGAGAGCUUGGUGUUCAACACUAUCAAGAAUGAGGGCACCAAACACAGCCUGGACAUGUACCGCCAGAACCGCCCCCAGUUGGAGAGGGACUUUCAUCACAAGAUUCGACAGAGACUGGGUGGCACCUGCUGUCCAAGCUGCUGCCCUAACGAUUGUAGCAACAAGACCGUGUGUGAGCUGUGUGCGUCGGCGGCGACGUGUGAUGGUGGGUAUCAUGCAGACGUGGAGUACUUCCAGAUGGGAAAAAUCAGCAUCCCCAAUGAGGUGUUCGAUCGCGAUACAUGCGGCAGACCAUCCUCCAGGUUGGUAUCAGCGGCAGAGAUCCGUGCCAAUGCGACGGUAAACGGGAAGAUGAUCGGUGUGGUUGCUGAGUCGGAGAAAGAGAAAAUCAUCCAGAAGUCUUACAUCCAGGCUCUGAAGGACUUCUACCAGAAACUCAACGUGGUGGAGGAGGACCACAAGCUGUCACUCAUGAUGAUGCGAGCCUAUGAUGACAUCAAAGACAAUCUGUAUACUUCCAUCAAUGCAUCUUCAUUAUUUCUCAAUAUGGUGUAAAGAAUGGAGACCAUUGUUGGCUGCACUGUUUGUAUAUGAGAUGACUUCAUGUUCCCGAGUUCAGUGACGUCCAUGGUUACAUCUUAGACUGAACAGACAGGAUCAGGGGAGACAAAUCUGUCUGACC